AUGAACGACUUCGAGGGAAACUCCAGCUUCUCCCUGACCGAGCCUGAUCUCAGUGACCCACUCUUUCAUGUUUGCUGGGGUCGUCAUUCAUGUUCAAGUUGCCUGAUUGGUGAUGUCGACUGCAGCUGGUGUGCUAUAUCCUCGACCUGUGUUCCUAACCCAUCGCGUGUUCCGAUAUUUGCGCCUUUUGGCUCGGAGAACAUCUGUCCCCUUGGCUCCAAAGAGAGAUGGGAACUGAGAGCUACCCCAUUUGGGUGCCACGCUAGUACCGUGACUGUCCUGUCGGUGUUUGGUGCUGUGUUUGGGACGGUAGCGUUGGGCGCGUUAGGGGUUGGAUUGGUGUGGCUUGUGCGCUGGACUCGAUGGCGUUUGAAGGAGGUAGAGUAUGAUCAACCCGACGAGGAAGGGCAGGGUUCAUCUAAGUGGCGAGGUUGGGAUUGGAGGCUUGCAUCGUUGGUUAGUCUCUGUCCUCAAUGGAGGCGGACAGAGUGUCAGACUGAAGUAGAGGAGGAGGAAGAAGAAGCGGAGACAAGACCACUGUUGGAGUAG